UCUCAUUAGGCUUUGGGAUCAGAACUUCAUUCGGAUCACAGACAGAAUGAUGCGUAUUGUUCUGGUGUUCCUACUGUCCCUCCUGGGACUGUUGCAUGCUGGGCCUCUGCCCGAUGAACCCGUCCUCCAGACCCAGGAGAACUUUGAUGUAAAACGGUUCAUGGGAAAAUGGUAUGGGAUUGCGACGGCAUCCACGUGCCCUUGGCUCAAGCGUCAUAAGGGAGAGGCAUCCAUCGGCUCGAUAGAGCUCCAGCAGUCCAGUGAAUCGACUCAGACCAUCAGCAUGACCCGCAUCGGCCUCAGACAUGGCACCUGUAAGUCCAUCAGUGGAGAAUAUCAGCUGACCAAUACACCUGGAAGAUUUCACUACCACAGUGCCAAGUGGAACGCCGAUGUGGACACGUAUGUGGUUCACACGAACUACGAUGAGUAUGCGCUGGUGGUGAUGUACAAACAAAAAACAGGCGGGGAAAAAUCUACAUCUGUGAAACUCUACGGGCGUAGUAUGCAACUGCGGCCCACUCUCAUCGAGGACUUCAAGACUCUGGUGGCUGAACAGGGAAUGAGUGACGACACUAUAGUUAUCAAAAAGAACAAAGGGGAGUGUGUUCCAGGCGAGCCGGUCACACCAGAGCCACAAAUCCAGAGAGCGAGGAGGAAUGUGGUUGUGGCGCCCCCUGAGGAAGGAUCGGGCGACGACACGCCCAUGUUCAAAGGACAUGAAGCAUGUAAGUCCGAGCCUGAUUCCGGUCCGUGCUUCGCGAUGCUGCAGCGCUUCUAUUACAACUCGUCCAUCAUGACCUGUCAGAUAUUCACUUUUGGAGGCUGUUUGGGAAACGAGAACAACUUUGGUACAGAAAAGGAGUGUCUGCAGAGAUGUCGCACGGAAGCUGCCUGUAGACUGCCUAUGGACGUUGGUCCCUGUAAAGCAUUCGUAGACCUGUGGGCCUUCGAUUCUUCAGCGGGAAAGUGUGUGUCCUUCAAAUAUGGAGGCUGCAAGGGCAAUGGCAACAAGUUCUACAGCCAGAAGGAGUGUGAGGAGUAUUGCGGAGUCAUGAUGAGAAGCGGAGAUGAUGAGUUUCUCACAGUCAACUGAAAAUGGUGUGAAUAAGAAAGGAGUAUUACUUCGUUUUAAAACAGAAAAGUACAUCAUGGAUCUGUUUCCAAAAGGCAUUUACUUCAACAUUAACACAAUAAAUAGAAACCUGUUAAAUUGUC